AUGUUUUUUGAUGCUAGCUACAUAAGGCCGUCGUCCCUGCUGGUAAGCAGUAAGCAGACCUCUAUUGACUGGAUUGUGCACCUACUCUUGUACACAUUCUUGAAUCCACUCGGGGUAUGGGUUUAUGCGGUGCCAAUGUACCUACGGACGAACGACCGUAAAUAUUUGCGGUUUGGAUCUUAUGUGGUCAUAUGCUGGGUUCUACGAUAUCUUAACCUGCGCAGCAAAAAGUGCAAGUAUCCGCGGCGCAAACACAUGAAUGUUAUGAUAACUGGCGGAUCACACGGUCUUGGGCUGGAAAUUGUGCGCAGACUUUGCGACAGCGCAACGGUUUUCGUUUUGGACCAGGAAAGAUCCGCUCAGCUCGAGCCGCUGGCCACGACCAAAAAUGUGCAUUUUCUGCAGUGCAACGUGGCGGACCCAAAGUCGCUGGAGACUGCGUUGAACACUGUCUUUGGCAGCGUCGGCCAAUUAGAUGCCGUGAUUUGCAACGCUGGCGUCCGCCAGACCAGACAAACUCUACACUUGCAACCGGCAGAGCUACGAGAACUUUUCGAUAUCAAUUAUUUCGCCAACGUGCAGCUCAUACAGCACGUUAUGAAACACCAUAGACACCCAAACAGACUUCACCUUGUGUGUGUGAGCUCUGUGCUUGGGUUUGUUUCUCCACGCGGCCUGUCUGGCUAUUCUGCCACAAAAGCAGGUCUACAUACAUUUUUCAUGGCUCUCAGACACGAGGUUCCCGACAGCGUUGUCAUCAGCACGAUUCUGCCUGGCCAGCUGACCACACGGAUGUUUGAGGACGUGCGUGUUGAAAGGUAUUUUUGGGCUCCUCUGGUAGACCAUCGCAAGCUGGCGCAACGGGUUGUCGAGUUGAUAGAACGAGGCGAAAACGGUUUUUUUGCAUUUCCGCUGUACGCGCGGUUCAUUCCCAUUUUGCAGGUGCUCCCAUACUCGUGGUACCGCGCUCUCAAGAAAUUCAGUCGUAUGGACGACGUGAUAGAGGAUAAAUAA